CGCUUCAGACGGAAACGAAUAUUCAGCGUUUAGCCGCCAUUCUUUGUUUUUGUUUAGCCUCAUCACAAAUCUACAGUAAUCUGCCUCCAAGACAGAUUUCAAGAUGACUGUGGGGCGUAGCUCUAAGAUGUUGCAGCACAUCAACUACAGGAUGCGAUGCACCCUGCAGGAUGGCCGCACAUUUAUCGGAACAUUCAAAGCUUUUGAUAAGCACAUGAACUUGAUCCUUGGGGAUUGUGAUGAGUUCAGGAAAAUAAAACCCAAAAGUUCAAAACAGGGUGAAAGGGAAGAGAAGAGAGUGUUAGGGCUUGUAUUAUUACGUGGUGAACAUCUCGUAUCAAUGACAGUUGAAGGCCCACCUCCUGCUGAGGAGGGAGUUGCUAGAGUGCCAUUAGCUGGAGCUGCCCCUGGACAAGGAAUGGGCCGGGCUGCCGGCAGGGGUAUUUCUGGACCUGGAGCCUCUGGUGGUCCAGGGUUACAAGGACCCGCCCGUGGAGUGGGUGGUCCCUCACAACAAAUGAUGGCCCCAGGAGGUCGACCCCCAAUGAUGGGAGGAAUGAGGGGUGGAAUGAUGCGUGGUGGACCCCCUCCAGGCAUGAGAGGCCCUCCUCCUGGCAUGGGACGAAGAUAAAGAGACAUAUAGUGAAAGUGCGGAGAGGAUGUGUGUGUAAGGGAGAGAGAGGAAUUUCUACAUUGAUACAGACAACCAACAAACAUUUUUCAUCAAUCAUGAAGAAAUCAUUUGAGUUCAUGUAAUAUGUUGUUUUUAUGU